UGCCCUAGAUCGGACGGUUGACAAGCAGAGAGUCCGUCUCAUAAGCCUUCGGGCGUCGACUGCGCGCCUCUCUUCUCUCUUCUCUCUUCUUUUCCCUCGCUGUUGCGCUCCUCUCGCUUCUCUCUGGUCGGAGUCUCUCUUAAUCCCUAGCCAUGCCGUUCAAGAGGUAUGUGGAAAUCGGACGUGUCGCAAUGAUAAAUUAUGGGAAGGAGUACGGUAAGCUCGUUGUGAUCGUCGAUGUCAUCGACCAGAACCGAGCUCUUAUCGAUGCACCUGACAUGGUCAGGGGUCAAAUGAAUUUUAAGAGGCUUCACCUAACCGACAUCAAGAUUGAUAUCCCAAGAAUCCCUAAAAAGAAAUCUUUGAUCGCUGCAAUGGAAGCUGCAGACGUGAAGAACAAGUGGGAGAGCAGCUCAUGGGGUAGGAAGCUGAUUGUGCAGAAGAGGAGGGCUGCACUAAAUGAUUUUGACAGGUUCAAGGUCAUGUUGGCAAAGAUUAAGAGAGCUGGCUUGAUCAGGCGGGAACUCUCAAAGUUGCAAAAGGAGAGCGGGGCGUGAGAAGGAUGACGUUUCUAUUUUGGGCUUAUUGAUUGGUCCCUUUUUGGAUCAUAGGGAAUUUACAAGAAUUGUCUACUUUGUUAUUUGCUGCUGUUUUCUCUUCAGAUUGAGUAUUAGGGGCCUUAGGACUAAAACAUUGUUCUCUUCUUUUUGUCCACUUGAAAGGACAACCGUUCUGUAUUUCAUGAUGCCUUCAAUUCAGAAACUUCUCUUUGUUAA